CAGUACUCAUUGCUCCUUUAAUAAGUUCAAUUUUAACUACUCUGUGUUCUGUAAACGAUAAAGAGAGAGUGAGAAUGCAUCCUAAAGUGUAUGAGGCUGCAAAGAUAGGAGAUUAUGAUUACCUGAUGACAAUAAUUUUGGGAAAUGGAGAGGACCUUUUCCACCAAACAACGCCAAAAGGGAACAACAUUCUUCAUGUUGCGGCUCAAUACAAGCAGGUAAAUUUGAUUCAGCAUCUUCUUGGACAUCCAUCAGGAUCGUCUCUUCUUUGGCAGGGUAACUACAAAGGAGAUACUCCCCUACAUGUUGCUGCUAAAGUGGGAAGUUGCGAAGCAGUUCGAGUCUUCGUUGAUUUGGCAAAAUCACUUCAUUGGGUUGUUGAGAACGGACAAGUUGACGCAUGCAAAGAGCUACUUCGAAAGCAGAAUUUCCGUAAGGAUACCACGUUGCACUCUGCAGUAAGAGGAGGCCAUGAUUUGGUGGUGGAGUUGCUGCUUGACGAAGAUCCCCAACUGUGUGAUAAUACUAAUGCUGCUGAUGAGUCCCCGCUUUAUCUUGCAGCGGAUCGAGGACUUUCUCGUAUCACCGAGCUGAUUUUAAGUGCUUUCUCAUCGUCAUCCUCUUAUAAGGGCCCUAAGGGCUUGACAGCUCUACAUGCCGGAAUCUCUCUCUCAUUGACCAGUUGGGAGAAAAUCAUGGAGAACAGACCAGAAGCGAUCAGAGAAGGAGAUGAAAUGGGGUGGAAUCCUCUUCAUUACGUCGCUUACUUGGGCAAAGUCGAAGCUGUUAGACUACUCUUGCAACACGAUACUUCUGUGGCAUAUGACUUAGACAAAGCAGGAGAAUCGGCUCUCCACCUUGCUGCGUUUCAAGGCUGCGCCAAUGUCAUUGACGAGCUUGUUAAAUCUUGUCCAGAUGCUUGUGACAUAACAAACACCAAAGGGCAAACGGCUCUUCAUGCAGCUGUUAUUGGUGGCCGAGUGAAUGUGGUCAAGUACAUUCUAGAGAUGCCAAACCAGGGGGAUAUUAUCAAUGAACAAGACAACGAUGGAAACACGGCUCUGCAUUUGGCUACACUUCAUAAACACUACAACAUUAUCAACAUGCUUGCACGAGACAAGAGGGUGGACCGUUUGGCCAAAAAUAAGGAUCAUUUGACUGCCCUUGACAUUUUUUGGACUCAUAAGGAGAUCGGCCACGGUGCUAGGACUGUUCAUUACCUGUUGAAAGGAUCUCAUGGAAUCCCGGGUUUUCAAGGCUGGUUUAUUGAACAUGGCAAGAAGAGGUUAGACAAGCAAUAUGUUCAGGGUCAACCAUCUGAGUCUAUAACCACAGGAAGUAAUAUUGCCAACCAAGAUAAUUUCAAUUUGUCAAAAAAAAGCAUUAUGGACGUUCAGCUACUAGUGGCAGCACUCAUAGCCGCAGUAACCUUUGCCAUGGCCUUCACAGUGCCUGGAGGUUAUAACAAUGACGGACCUGACCGAGGAAUGGCGAUUCUUGCUGGAAGGACAGAUUUCGAAGGCUUUGUGAUUUUUAACUCUCUGGCGUUCUUUUGCUCCAUCAUGGCAAUAAUCAUACAUUUGGAAAGUUUUACGUUCAGCUAUCGCCAAGAGCCGAAACACAUCCCGAUCGUGGGACUUUGCAUUGAAAUUGCGUUAAUCGAGAUGCUGCUAGCCUAUUGGAUGGGGAUGACUCUUGUAUUGGACAGACACACUGAGAGAACCUGGGAUGGGAUCAUUCCUUAUCUUGCGUCCGGAUGUCCCUUGCCUUUUAUCUUCUUCAACAAUUUCCCUGACCACGAGGCUCAUACGUGGUUGCGAGGUAGCUCCCCCACGAGAAGAUACAUCCGAAUAUUUUUUGUUAUGUGUGAGACACGAUUGUUUGAUUGUGCGAGGCUCAUUUCUGGUCACUGGGAAAGCUAUUAG